AUGAGCAAGAAUACAGUUGAUGAUUACUUUUCAAUGACCCGGAACAACCGGGAUGGAGCAUUGAGUCCCUACAGCACCAACGGAUUAUAUCCCAGCUUAUCAUGGGGUGAUACUCCCGAAUUUGCUGGUUUAACCAAGACCAAAUCACACACGGGGAAAAUAGUUUACAAGAGUGCCAACAUGAGCAGAUCUCAAGCUGAUACUAAAGUUUAUCCUUACCACACUGUCCAUCUAACUGUUGCGCCCCCUGAGAAAUUGAGACCUCUUACACCUGAGGAUGUAUUAGUGAAAACAACAGGUAAAUGUCUCGAUUGCAGUAGUAUCAGUGGAGCCAAGUGUAUUCAUUUUGCUCAAGAUAACUAUACACAUGAUGGUAUAUUACUUCAAUCUCCUGGAGGGAGGAAAGAUGUACCAUUAAAGUCUAUCCUAUUGAAGAAGGAUAAAAAAUCUCUUAUUGAUUCCAAGUUUUCAAAUUCUGUUGGUUUCGAUACAGUCAACUUGAAGUACUCUGAUGAUUUAAGUAACUAUCCCUCUUCAGCUUUUAGCUGUAGUGAUAACGACGAUUUAGAUGAUGACAAACUAUUCAAUAACGAUGAAAUGAGUCGUGGUAGAGCUUCUGGAAGAAUACCACUGAAUCGCACUACAUCAAGGUCUCCGAGUCGAAGUUUAAGUCCUGGUAGUAAGUCGCCAAACAGGAUACAGAAUCUGGAUAACUUCACUCCGAUUCAAGAUCACAGUUAUAAGAACUUUUUCACAUUGAGAUACCCUACACAGCCGAUAAUUACUCAUGACGCAUGUACACUAACAAGGAAACACAAGUUAUUCGAUGAUAUGUAUGCUGGUAGGUUAAAAUAUGUGCAGCCAAAAAUGCAGAACCGGGUGAUCUUAUGCUAUGUUAGCGGAAGGAAACAUACUUGGGUUGGGAUCGAUUGGGCGUGCAACCAACUCCUGGAAGAUGGAGAUACUAUAGUGAUUUUUGCAUCAAUAAAAAAUCCGGGCAGAUCCUUAACGAGAUUUCAGCGUAGAAAUAGUGAUGUUGCCGUUGUUUCAAACAUAACGGAAAAUAAAAUUAGAAACUCCCCAGAAUAUGCCAAAGCAGCAACAGAAAAUAUAAUGAAAUAUGCCUUAUCGGUUGUGAAUCCAGAUAGAAUUGUUAAGAUUACGGUUGAGUUGGCAGUUGGGACGACGAAUGAUGUUUUUGAGGAUAUGUUUGAUUUAUACCAACCGUCGUUACUGGUAACCGGUUCUAAGCCAGGAAAAACAGCACCAACCAAAGCUUGGUCAACAAAGAGGUUAUCCGAUAAGGUAGUUUCAUACUCCCCUAUACCAACAAUCAUUGUAUCUCCCAUCAAUAUGGGAUUAUUUGAGAAGAAGUUGUUCAAAGUGAUGGAUAAAAGGAUGUCACAGAUGGAGAAGGAUCGGCACAUGGAAGAUGAUGAGAUCCUUAAAGAAUUAGAUGACGUUGGAACCUACAGUUUGGAAGACCAAAAGGCUUACAUUAAACAAACGGGUUUGAAUGAUGUUUUUAUAAUGAAAGAGCUGCAAUCAGCAAUAGACGAAUUGGAUAAACAUGUCAAAAGUCUAAAAAAGAGUGACAGUGGUAGUACCAGUGAAGAAGAAGAAGAAGAAGAUGUGGAUAGAAAGGGAGGUGAAGAUAAAGAAGUAGAAGAUGAAGAAGUAGAAGAUGAAAGUAGUUCAAUAGAUUCACGCGAUCAUAGGUUUGACAACAGGUCUAGUUUAUCACGAACGUUAUCACAAAACAUGUCAAGUGACAACGAGGACAGUGAGGAGAAUGAAAGUGAGAACGAUGAUUUAAGUGUUGAUUCUGAAGCACCACCUGCAUAUGUAGCUAGUCCAACCAACACCCCAUCAUUCAAAUUAAAGAGGCUAGAGCUGGAGACACAAGUGAAAAUCUACAAGGAGAUAUCCAAAAUUAAAUCUACACCGCUCAAUGAAGACACUUUCAAGCAUUUUUUGAGUGUUGUUUCUGAUUCCGCACACGAGUACGGUAUCCAGUUGGCGGAAUCAGCAAAGAUGGGUGCAGAAGAGUCCAAGUUGGUUCGUACAUUAACUGGUGCUCCAGAGCAGUUAGUAAAGAAAAAGAGUAUGGUCAGUGUUAAUACUCGUCAGGAGGAUGAUUUUGAAGAGAAGUUACGGAAAUACAGGCAGCAAAAGAGACUGGAAAAACAGCAACCAAGUGCCAAGGGUAAACCUUUGAAAGUACCAAAGGUGAAUGUAGAAAGUCCAAGUCCGACAAACAGUUCCAGAAGCAGUAAUUUUCUGCAAAAGAUGAAAAGCUCAUCGUCUGUUAAAUCGGGCCCUGCUUCCUCUGUGAAUGAUGGUAUUCCAAUAGACUCAUCUCCAGGAGUUGACCAGAAUCUCAAAGAAGACAAGAAGGGCAAAAAGAAGAAAAGAAAGGGGUUUUUCUCUAGUCUGUUUGGCAAAUAG